AUGUCUAAUAGUGUCAAUGGUAUUGCAGACCCAAAACAAUUAAUAGAUUUUUUAUUAUCUGACUUAAGAUUAUUAUCUACUGAAGCAAAAAAAAAGUUUAAUAAUGUAAAAGAAGCUGCUGAAAAUUGUCUUGUUAAAGUUAGAAAUAUAAGCAGUGUGUCAUCUGUUGAUAAUUUAGUAUUAAAUUUAAAAAAUUCUUCAAAUGAUAUAUUACAACCAAUUCUUCUUGCAUGUAGUAGUAAAAAUUCUCGCCUUGCUCAAAUAGCUUUACAAUCAUUACAACGAAUGUUACAAUAUAGAAUUGUUAAUGCUUCAUCUGCUCCAAGUAUUGUUAAUGAAUUAUGUAAUUUAAUUGAAUCAGAAUGUGAAGAAAUACGUGUUUUACAAACAAUAACACCAUUUGUUAGUACUGAACUUCUUGUUACUGGACCAUCAUUAGCUAAAUGUAUUUGCCUUGCAUUACAUCUUAAUUUUCAUAAAGAUGCUGCUGUAAUUAAUGCUGCAUCAGCUGUUAUAAGACAAUUAUUUAGUUGUGUAUUUGAAAGAGUUAUUCAAGAGGAUGGAGUUAAAUCUGGAGAUCUUUCAGUUAUAUCAACACAUUAUAAUCGUUCAUCAAAAAAUAUAUUACUUUCCUUACGUCCAUGUGCUACUGAUGCAUAUUUAUUAUUAAAAGAUUUAUGUCAUUUGCUUAAUAAUGAAAAAGUAGAAUGGUUAGUUGGAAUUAAAGAUAUGACAUUAACAUUAGGACUAGAAUUAUUAGAAAUGAUAUUGAAACAUUAUCCAUCAGUUUUUUUUAAACAUUCCGAAUAUGUAGAUUUGAUAAAAGAAAAAAUAGUUCCAUUAAUAUUAAAAGGUUUUUCAUCAAAUUAUACAUCAAAAUCAUUAAAUAUAUCAAAUAUUUAUUCAUCAACAACUCUUUCACUUCAAUCAUCUGUUAGUGCCCAAUUUACUAAUUCAAUGGCUAAACAUUUAUUUCCAAAUAUAGUAAGAUUAAUGAGAAUUGUUAAUGUUCUUAUAACAUUUUACUAUAGUUUAUUACAUACAGAAUGUGAUAUAUUUAUAUCUGUUCUUAUAAAAUAUUUACAAUCAGAUAAAUUAUGGCAAUCUGGAAUAGCUUUAGAAGUUUUACAUAGAAUACUUUCAAAACCUGAUAUAUUAAAAUUUGCCACAACUAGUAUUGAACAAACUGAAACAAAUAAAGUUAUAAAAGCAAUAUCAACCUCAUUAUGUAAUUUUGCUUUUUCUGUAUUUACAAAUCCUGAUUUUGCAUCAAAUUACAAUGAAGAUGAAAUUCAUGAUAAUUCAGCACCAUUAGGACAAAGUGGUUUUAUUAUUAAAGGAUGUGGUAUUGCAUUACAUGAAAAUAUAUCUGUUAAAAGAUCAAUUUUGUUAGAUUCAUUAGAUAAACAUGAUUGUAUACCACUUCCUUAUGGUUAUAUUCAUUCUUUAUUAUAUUUUUGUGUUUUUGAUUUUGUACAAUCAUUAUAUGCAGCAUUUGAAGACGAUAAAACUGUUAAUAAUGUUUCAAGUGACAUUAUAUCAAAUACACUUUUUAGAAGUUCAUAUAAAUCAGUAUUAGAAAUAGUAAUGCUUUUACUGGAAUGUAGUGUUGAUGAUUCUAUAACAGAAGCAAUGUUAAAUAAUCUUUCUGUACUUAUUAUUGCUGCAUGUAAAUUAAAAUGUGAUGAUACAAAACAUGAAUUAAUUAAAAGUUUAUGUAGAGUAUCACUACCUGUUAAAUAUUUUGAUUUAUUUGUUGAUAUAACAUAUACAAAUCAAAAUUCAGAAAACGAAAUAGCAGAAUAUGAUAUUGAUAUGUUAAUGGAUAAAAGUCAGACAACUCAAGUUAUGGCUGUUGGAAGUAUUUGUCCAUUUCCAAAUAUGCCUGGAUAUAUUAGUAAUUAUCAAGUUAUGCUUACAUCAAAAAAUAUACUAGCAACUAAAACACUUCUUUCUGUUGGAAGAGAUAAUGGAAAAGAUUUUCUAGAAUCAUGGUAUUUAUUUUUAAAAUCAGUUCAACAUUUAGUAUGGAUAUUAGGUAUGAAACCAUCAUUAAAUGGACAAUUUAUAACAUCAGCUGAUAGUGGGGAAGCUCUUCAGUCCAAUUCAACACCAUCCACAACAAAUUCAUCCUCUAAUCCAGUUUUAACAACAGCUGUUUUAAAUGAAAUUCGAGUAAUUAGUGAUAUUUUACAUAAAAUGUUUAAUGAUACACAAAAUUUUGAUGAUGUACAAUUACUUCAUGUAAUUAGCUCUCUUAUUAGUUUAUCGGGUGAAUCCAUGAAAAUAUCACAAAAUGGAAGUAAGGAUUCGUCGUAUUUUCCAGUCGCAAAACUUUUGCAAACUGCAUUAGCAAAUAUUAAUAGACUUGAAAUUUAUUGGAAUCUUGUAACAGGGCAUUUGAGUGACGUUAUAACACAUCCACAAGCUACACUUCGUGAAUGGGGUACUAUAUCAAUUACAAUGUUGAUAACAAGUAGUUUAAAAAUACAUUUAAAAAAUGAUGAUAAAUCAAGAAUUGAAUCACUUAUAUUAGUUCCCUUAACAAAUUUAUCAAAAAAUGAUUAUGUAUCAGUUCGUAAAAGACAAAUAGAUUGUUUGAUACAAAUAUUACAUUCACAUGGUGAUGAUUUUACACCACAAAUAUGGCCAACAUUAUUAAAUAUACCAUGGUGUAUUGUUGAAGGUGAUCAUAAAAUGUCUGAUCAAAAUAUUAUUAAAGAUGGUUAUUCAAUGAUAAGUUUACUUGUUAAAGAUCAUAUUCAAAAACUUCCAUAUGAAUGUAUGGUUACAUUAAUAAAAAUUUUAGCAAAAUUUGGUGAACAAAAACAUGAAUUAAAUAUUUCAUUAGCUUCAUUAGAACAACUAUGGACAAUAGCAGAUUUUAUGAAUAUUAAAUAUACACAUCUUAAUAAUAUAGAAAAAAAACAAUUUUGGUUAGUUUUAUUUGAUGGUAUUAUUGGUUUAGCAGUUGAUUCAAGACCUCCAAUUAGAAAAAGUGCUUGUCAAACAAUUAUUCAUACAAUGAGUUCAAAUAAUUUUGAAUUAAAUUUAGAAACAUGGCAACAUUUAUUAACAAAAAUUGUAUUACCUUUGAUAGAUGAUAUACAAGAAAAAACAAAUCAAGCAUCAAAAGUUGCUGAAAAAAUAAAAGGAACAGAAAAUGAUCCUAAUAUACUUGUUCAUCAUUCAAGAAAUACUGAAUAUAAACAAUGGGCAGAAACAACAGUACAAAUGUUACAUGGUAUGACAAAAAUAAUUAUUGCACAAAGAAAUACAAUUGAAAAAAUAAAUGAUUUUGAUAAGAUAUGGAAUGAUGUUUUAAAUUGUAUUAGAAAAGCAUGUAUUAUAGAUAAUUUAGAAAUAUCAAUGAGUGGUUUUAAAUCAUUUUAUGAAUUAAUUACAACAAAAGGUGUACCACAAAAUUUUGAUAUUAUUAUAAAUAAUGAAGUUAAUAAAAUUUUACCUGAUAAAUUACUUAUACCAUGUUGGAAUUGUGCUGUUAAUAUGAUGAAAGAAAUUGUUGAAUUAAAUAAUAUAAUGAUAAAAAAUGUUAAUAUAACAUAUAUAAUUGGACAAAAACAAUUAACAAUAUUUAUUCAAAUAAUAUUAAUAUUAUUUGAACAAUUAACAAAAUAUCUAAAACCAGAAAUGUUUAUUAAAAAUCAAUUUUUUGAAAAUUUUAUUAAAAUAACAACAUUACCAAUAACAGUUGAUCAGGUACCUUUUGUUGUACCAGCAUUCAAUUGUGAACUUCCACCAAUGCAACAAGUUACAUUAAAUUUUAUUACAAUUCUUGGUAAAGAAUGUAUUAAUUAUCAAUCUUCAUUAAAAACAAUUAUGCCAGAAGUAUUAAAAAUUUUAUUAACUUAUGCUUCAUUUUCAUGUGAUCCACCUAAAUUACCAAUGGAUAGUAAUAAUAAGCCAUUAAUUAAAGGAUUAGCUAUGCCACAAUUAACUAAAUUUGCAGAGAAUGCUCUAAAAAUAUCAAUAGAUUUUUAUAUUCAUUCAAUUGAUAAUCCUGAAAUUACAAAAUCAUUAAUAAUCAAUGAUAUUUUAAAAACACUAAAAAGACCACUAGAAUUAAAAUAUAAUUGUCCAAGUCAAAAUACAUGGCAAAUGGCUGUUCAGUAUUUAUUUAAUGUUAUCAAAGUUACCUUACAAAUAGCUUAUAAAAAUCCUGAUCAAUUUAAAGAUUUCUGGAUUUUAAUGCCAUUAUGUAUUGAAAAUUUUUUAUUUACAACUAGCAAAUCAUCAUCACCUUUAACAGUUGAUGAAAGAAAACGUCAUGAAUAUAUAGAUUGUCAAUUUAUUGAAUUUAUACGCAUUGAAAUAUUAACAUAUGCAGAUUAUCUUCCCCAAUCAUUUUUAGAAAAAAUUAUUACUAUAUUAAAUAGAGGAACAAUUUCAUCUGCUGAGACAAGUGAUUUAUUUGCUUUAGAUACUUGUUUGCAAAGAGCUGAUUUAUCAAAAGUAUGUUUUGAUGCAUUAUUAUCAACAUGUAAUAUAAAAUCAUCAACAAAUUCAACAAAAAGAUCUGAAUUUGGUUUAAAUGCAAUUAUUUCACUUAUGAAAAAAUGUAAAGAAAUUUUACAAGAAUAUGCUAAAGAUAACAGAAGAAAUGGGAUGUUACCAAUGCAAAGAAUGAGACAUAUUGAAUUGUUAUCAGUUCUUCAAGCUAUGACAAGUCUUAUUCAUGGUUUAAUUGAAAAAUCAAACAAUGUUCCAAAAGAAUUAUUACAAAAUGUUGCCAAUAUGUUUCCAAGUAUAAUUGAAAUGGUUCCAUCAUUAAGAGGUGAUCAACAAGUAGAAGUAGCUGUUAUGUCAGUUUUUAAUGCAUACAACUCUUUUAUGCUUUUUUUAAUACAAUGUAUUCCAAGUUCAGAAAAAAAUUCAUAA